AUGUCUUAUAAACUUCAUUAUUUCAAUGUUCGUGGCUAUGCUGAGAUUUCUCGUUUAAUAUUUGCUGCUGCUGGACAAAACUUUGAAGAUAUUCGUUAUGAACGCAAUAGUGAAGAAUGGACAAAACAUAAAAAUGAAAUGCCAUUAGGUCAAGUUCCAGUUUUAGAAUAUGAUGGCAUGAAACUACCACAAUCAAAAGCAAUAGCUCGUUUUCUUGCAAAUCAAUUUCAUUUAGCUGGAAAAGAUAAUUUUGAACAAGCAAAAGUUGAUUCUAUUGUUGAUACACUUUAUGAUUUAGUAACAGCAUUUAUACCAGUUCGUAUGGAACAAGAUGAAACAAAACAAAAAGAAUUAGCUAAAAAAUUCUUUGAUGAAGAAUUACCAAAACAUUUAAAAAAUCUGGAAACUUUAGGUAAAAUGUAUAGUAAUGGUGGUUCAUUUUUUGUUGGAAAUCAAUUAACAUGGGCUGACUUAACUUUCUAUAAUUUUACAGACCUUAUUUUUCAAUCGAAUUCAGAUUGUCUCAAUAAUUAUUCAUGGUUACAAAACAAUCGUGCUGAAGUAGAAAAACAACCAAAAAUUGCUGAAUAUCUUAAAAAUCUUAAUAUUCAACACGUCAUAUCUUACUUACAAUACCUAUGGAAAAAAACAACAACUAAUGUUCAACAAGAAACAGUUUCUGUAAUAAAUGAGAACGAUGAAAUAGCACGUGAACCAUCAAUAUUACCUCCAUCAUAUACUGUUGGUGAUCUUCAGCAGAAUCUUGGAUGUCAUACUGUAGGCAUUAUUGGAGGAACAAAUCCUGAUGAAGAUGAAAAAAUUAUUCAAAAUAUUCUUCGUAUGAUAAAAGGACAUGAACGACGACAACUAUGGUGGAAUUUAUUUUCUUUUUUGUUCAUAUUACUUUUACUUCCACCCGUUAUAUUUCUUAUAUUUAUGCCGAUUUGUAUGUACAAAAAGCGCAUGUCAGGAAUGAAUCAGAUAAUUAAAAAUGGUAUUCGUUAUAUGAUUCGUUUGGAAGGUGAUCAAUGGAUAAGAUAUGUUCAACAUAUCAAUAAUGAUUCGAAACAAAAAAUGAAUAAAUCAUCUAGGAAAGAACUCUUAUCUCGUAGUUAUGGUCAUAUACUUAUUGGAACAGACGGAUUUUUUCUUGAUUCAAUGUUAGGUAUGCAAUAUGAAAAUAUAAUGAUUGUACGUACAGAAAUUAUUCAAGCACCAAAUAAGAUUGAUAUGAUGUUACGCGCAUGGUUUUGUCGACGUUCAGUUGUUAUUAGAACACAAAAUGGUCAGACGAAUGGAGCUGUAAACAAUGAUCCAUUUAAGUUUGAUAUUUUUCUGCCAUUAAAUAUGUCUACUGAAUUAGUGUCAUCAAUUACAAAUUUUAUGAAGCUUGAAUCAGUAUGUCGACCGAAUUUUAUUCUUUAACAAUACGACAUUUCUUUCUAAAAGACAAUUUUCUCUAAUUGACUAAAUCUAUAUCAACAUCUGUACACACUUUUAUGAUCAGUUCAUUAAAAGAAAUAUUAUUUUCGUUCUCAUGUUCUCUAUUUUUUUUGAUGAUUUUAUCGUAAUUUCGGCGUAAUACGACUCCUACGUAUUUCAAUCACACUUGAAAACAAGGAAAAGGCGACUAUGAGUUUCAUAGUAAUAGCUUGGGCCUCACUGAAAUCUUGAGGGUGGGUGUGGGUGUGGUUAUCAGAAUAAGGUUAAUGUUAGACCC